AGAGCCGGAGUGCAGUGGGGAAGAUUGUGGCGUGUGGCGGCUGGCGUGCUGUGUUGCGGCGGGGUCGUGUGUUGCGGACGUGAGUGUUGCUGUGAGCCUGUGAUGACGUGCCCGGCUUCCCUCCACAAUACAAUUACCGUUCCGUGUGGGUGGGCGUGGCGGAUGCUGACGAAGGGAAGGUGUUUAUCGGGCUAUUUCCGGCGUCUCUUCACCUGGCGGGUUGUUCCUCGAGUUAAAGACUUAAAAUUAGGGAGAUGGAGGUGAAUGGAAUAAAACUGCAGCUCUCAUCUUGACACUGAAGUAAUUUGUUGUAGGAGUGCACCAGCAGACUGAGUGUUGAUGAGUCAUCAAUAAUGAGUUGUGAAGAGCCAAGUUUUGCCACCUCACUCAUGGCUGGUGGGGUGGCAGGUACAGCUGUGGACGUUGCUCUCUUUCCCCUCGACACACUGAAGACUCGGCUCCAGAGUGAGGCUGGCUUCAGGGCCUCAGGGGGAUUCCGGGGUAUCUACAGUGGACUUGGACCAGCUGCUCUUGCCUCAGCACCAAAUGCUGCUCUUUUUUUCUGCACUUAUGAGAGCAUGAAAAAAUUAUUGGGGAGUCAUGUUCCCAGCAGCUACCUCCCAGGCGUACACAUGGCAGCAGCAUCGGCUGGAGAAGUGGUGUCAUGCAUAAUCCGAGUGCCAAUGGAAGUGGUGAAGCAGAGGAGACAGGCCCAGCUCAGCCACUCCUCCAUCCAGAUAGUGAGGGACGUCAUGAGGAAAGAGGGACCAGUGGGACUCUUCCGUGGCUACGCAAGCACCGUGAUGAGGGAGAUUCCAUUUUCCUUAAUUCAGUUUCCAGUCUGGGAGUUGCUGAAAAAAACCUGGUCAGAGAAGCAAGGUCAUUAUGUUGAUUCUUGGCAGGCCUCCCUCUGUGGAGCCUUUGCAGGUGGGUUGUCUGCUGCUUUGACUACACCUUUGGAUGUUGCUAAGACAAGAAUUAUGCUUGCACAUCAUGAAAGUAUAACAGCUAAAGGAAAUAUAAAGACUGUCCUCAGAACGGUAUACAAACAGCAAGGAUUGUCUGGGCUCUUCGCUGGUGUUGUUCCUCGAACGUUGUGGAUAUCUGUGGGAGGAGCAGUCUUCUUUGGCGUGUAUGAGAAGGCAAAAUUAUUAUUCACAUAGGUUUUUUUUAUUUAUUUUUACUUGAAAUGUAAUUAUACAUUGUAUAUACAGAAUUAUAAAAAUGCUUAAAAUGUACAUUUUAUAUUCAGCUCUAUAAAAUACAAAAAAUGAAUUCUAA